AUGGAGCGGGAUACUUACGCUUUAUAUCAUACUUUGGGUGUACAAAAGACUGCUACUGAAGAAGAGAUUAAGAAAGCAUAUAGACGCCUGGCGCUAAGAUACCACCCGGACAAAAAUCCAAAUGCUGCCGAUCAGUUCAAGGCGAUUACUCAUGCUUAUGAAAUAUUAGGAGAUCCAAAAAAACGUCAAGUGUAUGAUAAAUAUGGAGAGAUGGGAAUUAGUAUGCUGGAUUCUGUAGCUGGUUUCCUGUUAGAUCCAGAAAUUCAAGGACCACUAUGCAUGCUAUUCACAAUACUUUCAAUUUUGGUCAUCCUCAUAAUCCUGUUUUUCGUCUUCUUAUCAAUAAGAGUAGAUGGUGCUGUAUCAUGGAGUUAUGGAAUUGUAUUCUUACCAAUAUGGAUUGAAGAUUUUAUUUUAUUUUUGGUACUUAUUGCUUAUGCUAAUGCAAGAAAAGAUCCUUCUGAAGAUGGUGAUAAUGAUGAUGAAUAUGAAGGUUUAUAUCAUCAAGAUCCUGAGGUUAGAGAACAAGCUAGGGAAGCAAGGCGAAAACAGCAAAGAGCUCUUUAUAGGACUCGUAAUUUUUUAUAUAAUGCUUAUUUGGUAAUGAUCGUAUUAUUUGAAGCUUUUAUCGUUCUUAGAGCUGAUGAUAAAAUAAGUUGGAGUGCCGCUAUUAUAUUUGCUCCUUAUUUUAUUGUUGAGGGUAUCAAUUUAUAUCCUAAUUUCUUAGAAUUCUUGGAUUUAUUAAAAUCUACUAGAGUACUUGAUGUCAAUGGCAGGCCUUCCAUUUAUCUUAAGAUUAAAUGUUUCUUUGAUACUUUUUGGUGGUUUAUUAUCAGAGUAUCUUUUGCCAUUUUGAUUGUACUCAGAAUUGAUCAAAUUAUCGUUUGCAGUUGGGGCUUGGUUUUUAUUCCAUUAUAUUUAGUUGGUAUUAAAUAUGGUCUUCGAAUUUUAUGGUUAUGGUGGAAUUUAAGAAGAACUGAAUCUCUACAGAAUAAGGGAAAAGUGGAUGUUGUGGUUGGGGCUAUUUCUUUUGUUGUGGUGGGAACCCUAUUUUAUACUGUUAUAGGAUUAUUAGCUAGUAGAUUAGAUGGUAAUACGGGAAUAAAAGUAUCUUCAAUCCUAAUUCCUGUAUUUAUCACAUUAUCUUUCGCAUUUUGUUGCACGGGGUGCUGUUUACCUUGUAUUCUCUUAGUAUGGAAUGCGGAUGAUCUUGAAAGCGGUUCUGAUCCUUCGCUUAAAACUUAUGAUAAACGGAUUACUUAUCCUACAGCGGCUGGUCCAAGUACUUCAUUUGCUAGUGGUAGCAAUGAAACUGCAAAGGAUGAUGCUUGUAUCAUCGUCCGCUCUGAGGAGGAUACAGCUGUUUUAUUACUGAACUCUCGCAUAAUGAAAGAUCAUGAUUAUCAAAAGCAACAAGACACGUUAGUAGUCUGGACUGAACCUAAUGGAUUAGAUUUGGCUUUAAGUUUUCAGGAAGCUGAGGGUUGUACAGAAAUAUGGGAGUUUAUAUCGGACAUUAAAGUUCGUAUGGGCAAUUCAAAUUCUAGUGAUGCGCGAUCUAGUCCUCCACCAGAACCGGAAAUACCGAAUAUGACGAUAAAACUACCGGAGCCAACCUUGUCUAAUUUAGAAGAAAUUGAAACAAUAAUUAAAGUGUCGAGUCGGUCCAUUUAUGAACGAGAAAAGCUAGCAGCAUUUGUUACGCAGGAUCUUGAAGAUUUAAAAGACUUACAUAGAUUAUGUAAUAUAAUGAAAGGCAUUAUAAUGCUUCAGGAUAGCGAAAUUUAUGAAUUUAUUUUACGCGACGAUGUUAUUAUGCAAGUGGUUGGAAUGCUAGAAUAUGAUCCCGAAUUUCCCAAUUACAAAGCUAACCAUCGCCAAUAUCUGGCAGAUAAUUCAAAAUUUAAAGAAAUUGUUAAAAUAAAGGAUAAGGCGAUCGAAACAAAAAUUCAUGAAACUUUUCGCCUUCAAUAUCUCAAAGAUGUAGUGUUUGCGCGUGUAUUCGAUGAUCCGACAAGUUCCAUACUUUCAUCACUUAUUUUCUUUAAUCAUGUUGAUAUUUGCAAACACUUUUCACAAGAUGAUGAAUUUUUGGAAGAACUCUUUAAUAUUGUUAAUGAAGAAAAUGGGUCACCAAAACGUAAACGUGAUGUUAUCAUGUUUGUUCAACAACUUUGUUUUAUCGCCAAAAGUAUUCAUGUACAACAUAAAAAAGAAUUGUACAGGUCGUUAGCAAGGCAUGGACUAUUUAAAGUUUUUGAUCAUUCAUUGGUGGAUGAUGAUCCAACCGUCAAGACUGCUGGUGGUGAAAUAUUAGCGUCUCUUUUGGAUACAGACGCAAGUAUUAUUAGAUCUCAUAUUGUAAAGCAGGCUGAGGGCAAAAAGAAAACUUUGGCAGAAACAAUCAUUGAAAGAUUUAUUCAAGAUUCAGAUUUGGGUGUAAAAGCUCAAUAUGCUGAAGCUCUUCGGCUUUUACUAGAUAUGAAUGCUGGGUUAUCAGAGAUGGGUUUUAUAGUUCCAGAGUCAUUAUCUCUGCUUCAACCUAAACAUGAUGAUGAUAUCGAUAAUUUUUUAAAUUUAUUCUAUGAAGAACUUAUAUCAAAGAUGGUAAAGCCGGUUUCAGACCUUGAAAAAGAAGAUGUUCUUAGUUUAUCUCCUGACAUAGCAGCAUUAUGUUUUCAUAUAUGUGAGCUCUUGUCAUUUGUUAUCCGACAACAUACUUUUAGAAGUAAAUAUUUUGUAUUAUCAACCGAUAUAUCAUCAAAAAUAUGCAUGCUAUUUAGAUGUCCUGAAAAGUAUGUAAAAUUAGCCGCUUUGCGGUACUUUCGAGCCUGUAUAGGUAUGAAAGAAGAUUUUUAUAAUAGAUAUCUAGUACGUAAUAAUCUUUUCGAUCCCAUAAUACGCGUGUUCAUGGAAACGAAAGGACGGGAUAACUUAUUAAAUUCAGCGUUUCUUGAGCUAUUUGAUUCCAUAAGAAAGGACAAUAUUAAAUAUCUUAUUACACAUAUAAUGGAAAGGCAUGGUGAACAAUUGUUAAAAAUUGAUUACGUUGACACUUUUCAACAACUUCAACUUCGUUAUGAACAAAAUAAAGAAAUCCUUAUUGGAUCAGAUAAAUCACCUGGUGAAUCUAGUCAAAGUCAAAGCAAUAUACGUCAAACAGGUCGCGAAGGUUGGUCAUCUGGAAUAGGUGAUGAAGACGAAGAUGCGUACUUCAACACUUCAGAUGAAGAAGAUAAUAUUAGUAAUACAUCCGGUGAAUGUUCGAAAAUUGUCACAACAAAACAAGAUGAUGAAUCUAAAGAAGGAUCAAUACCUGAAGAUGAAUCAAAAUCACCAGCUGAUUCAAAAGAAGAGUCAAAAACUAGUAAUGUGGGAACGGUGGGGUUGGUUGAUUAUCCAGAUGAUGAUGAUGAAAAUGUGAAAAAGAACAUUGAUGAAUCAGUAGCUUCCGAAACUUCUGAAGCUUCCGAUAAACAACAAACAUCAACUUCACCACCAUUAUCGCCGCGACCAACCUGCUACAAACGAGGCAUCCCUCUCGUCAAAUGGGUCCUCACCCAAGAAAAGUGGAUUGAAGAUUCUGCGAUCGUCUCCGACGUUGAGACCGAAAAUGAAGAAGGCACGCACAGAAUAAUUUUAUUUUUAUGCAUGAUUGAUGAUGGCCUUUCAGUAAUCGGGAAAAAAAAAAACACUCCACGAAAUUAUUAA